AUGUGUAGUGCAGAGUCCCUAAACAGGCGAGGUAGUCUUGACUCCAGCAAGGCGGAUGACAGAGACACUCUCAUACUGAACUUCACCCUCUGCACUGUAAAGAAGACGGAGCUCUCUAAGGCAGCUAGAGUCUUUGAGAUGUUUGAAACUGAGAUCCAUCACUUUGAAACCAGGAGAAUCAAAAAGCUCAAGAACUCUGCUGAUCAUCUUGACAUUUUUGUUGAAUGUGAAGUUCACAGAGCUGAUAUUAGUCACCUUAUCACAUCCUUAAAGAGAGUAACAGAGGAUGUGAAAACGGGCAAUGAAGACAAAAUGCCCUGGUUCCCCAGAAAAAUUCAAGAUCUAGACAAAUGUCACCACCUGAUCACCACGUAUGAACCCAGUUUUGACCAUGGUCACCCUGGAUACACUGACCUGGAGUACAGGAAGAGGAGGGCAUACUUUGCUGACCUUGCCUAUAAUUACAGAGUUGGGGACCCUUUGCCUUACAUCGAAUACACAGAGCAGGAAACUGCAACUUGGAGAGAAGUCUACAGGAAGCUGAGAAGCCUCUACCCUACUCAUGCCUGCACACAAUACCUGGAUGCUUUCCAACAGCUGGAGAAACACUGUGGCUACCAAGAAGACAACAUACCUCAACUUCAGGAUGUGUCCAGAUUUUUAAAAGAAACAACAGGUUUCCAGCUGAUACCAGCAGCAGGACUGUUGUCUGCUCGUGACUUCCUUGCCAGCCUCGCAUUUCGUGUCUUUCAGUGCACGCAGUAUAUAAGGCAUUUCUCUUCACCUACACAUUCACCAGAACCAGAUUGCUGCCAUGAACUGCUGGGUCAUGUUCCCAUGCUAGCCAACAAGGAGUUUGCCCAGUUCUCCCAGGAUAUUGGACUGGCUUCUCUUGGAUCAUCUGAAGCAGAGAUUGAGAAACUGUCCACACUUUAUUGGUUUACUGUGGAGUUUGGUCUCUGCAAGCAAAAUGGAUCCAUCAAAGCUUACGGGGCAGGACUGCUUUCAUCUUAUGGGGAACUUAUGUAUGCUUUAUCAAAUGAGCCAGAGUACAAGUCCUUUGAUCCAGAAGUGACUGCAGUUCACCCCUAUCAGGAUCAAGCCUUCCAGCCUGUCUAUUUCAUAGCAGAAAAUUUUGAAGAUGCCAAGGCCAAACUGCAAAACUAUGCAAUGAAGAUCAAGAAGCCUUUUUCUCUGUGCUACGACCCAUUCACCAGCAGUAUAGAGGUUCUGGAUACACCACAGAAAGUCAAGAGGGAAGUCAGUCGACUGAAAGAGGACCUGAAAAACCUCUGCCUGUCCCUUGAAAACCUCUCCUAA